AUGCUGCUUCUUUGCACCCUAUUUUUCGCAGUCGCGAACCUGCUGCGUUUCGCUGCUGCCCAGCGCGUGUUCGCACAUGUUAUUGUUGGUAACAAUGGCGCGUACAACAAGGACAAAUGGAUCAGCGACAUACGUCUCGCUCAAGCGGCAGGCAUCGAUGGUUUCGUCCUGAACAUGGGAACACCCUGGCGCGGAACCAUUGAGACGCAAGUCAGCCUCGCCUUCCAGGCCUCCAAUGAGGUUGCAAACGAAUUUAAGCUGCUCUUCGCGUUCGACUACGAGGGUGGCGCACAAGGAGCCUGGCCUGCUGCGGAUGUGAAGACGGUGCUAUCAGCUUAUAUUGAGAACUACUCAUAUGCCAAGCAUCCAUAUACGCGCUUUCAGAACACUGGUAAAGCCAUUGUAUCCACCUUCGAAGGCUCCAACAACGUGGGCGACUGGGCAUCGAUCAAGUCUCAGUUCUCCUCGCGUGGCAUCUACUUCAUCCCAGAGUACACGAGCCGCGAUCCUAACUGGCACCGCAACUACCUCAACACCAUUGAUGGAGUCUUCUCCUGGAACAUGUGGCCCAACGGCCCCAACGAUAUGCCCACCGACCCCGCUACCGAUCCUGAUGUCGCCUGGAAGGGCGUGAAUGGUCAGUACAUGAUGGGCGUAUCGCCUUGGUUUUUCACCGACCUGCCCCAGUACGGCAAGCGGCGCCUCUGGCGGGGUGACGACCUAUGGCACCAGCGAUGGGAGCACGUUUACGAUAUCAAGCCGCAAUUUGUGCAGAUUGUGACCUGGAACGACUUUGGCGAGUCGCACUACGUGGGCCCUAUUUUUGAUGCCGGCACCCCUGACGCGCCGGAGGGGAGCGCAAAGUGGUAUGUGAACAACAUGCCACACGACGGCUGGCGUGCCUUGUUGCCGCACUACAUUGCAACCUACAAGAACGGUGGUGUUGAACCCGCCGUCACCACCGAGAAGCUCUCGUAUUGGUACCGCGUCUACCCUGCUGCUGCGAAUCCUAACGGCGUCGUCUGCAAUGCCCCUUGGCAAACAACGUUCUCCCCCGCGACUUGUCUCCAGGACAAGGUCUUCUUUACAGCACUGAUCAAGUCCCUGCCUGCCCAGAUCAGCGUGCAAAUUGGCAGCAAUAGUCCGACAACCUUCCAGGCUACUAAGCAGGGUCUGAACCACCUCUCACAGAACGUCAAUGGUCAGACGGGCGCGGUCAUGGUCAAGAUUAUCAGGAAUGGGGCGACAGUUAUUCAGGGAUCGGGUAGGCAGAUUAUGUCAAACCCAGGAUCCAGCCCCAACAACUAUAACGCUUUCGUUGGAAGCGCAUAA